UGGCGACGGUGGGGUUGGACAGCGAGGCAUCGCGAAGGUGCUCGAAAGUCAUCCCCGAGGGGCCUGCCCCAACUCCAUUUUCGGAGCGAGAGAGCAGCUUCGCGAACGUAGCGAAAUCGACUGUCGGUGGCCUGCAGUUUUCGUCGAGCCGUGGCCAGGUGAGGUUUUCGACAAGCGGAGGGGGGUGUUUUGACUUCAGCACGUCCAGGACCGUGGGGGUGGACUUGCUGACUGGGGUCGAAGUCAACGCGAGCAGUGCCCGUCGCAAACUGCCUCGUCGUACCAAGCCCUCGGCGCGGGAUAUUUUCCCGAGAGUGUCAGGUACGUGGCGGGGAGGGGGUGGCAGGGUGACAGCAGAGGCAGCUGCUUGAUACAGUGUGUCCCACUGGCCCGCGAGAAAUUGUCGAAGUCGUCGUUCCGUCGCGGGCCAGUCAGGGCGUCGUGGCGAGGGUAGGCGAAGUGUGAGGCGCGGGAGCGCGGGAGCGUUCUGCCGAUUUGGAGAGUACUGGGGACAGCAAGUCGCCCCAAGGUCGGGCGAGUCCUCCAGCGCCGUCGAGCCGGGAUUGGGAGCGCGGGCUCCUCGGCCCCUCGACGGCUCGCCGACAGACUCCCGAGCGGAUGCGGGGGCAGUCGCGGGGCAGGACUGCCGCGCCCCCGAGACACGAGGAGAAAUCCCCCGAGCGCGCCGUGGAGAUUGGACGUGAACCAGUGGCGCGUGGCGAGGUGCAGCGGUCACCACGCCAGCAGCAUCCCGCCCGCCGAGGAACGCCUCAGCGCCGCCCACAGGCGGGGCCUGGGCAGCAGCGCCGGACUCCGCAGGCGCCGCGCGGGCGUUCGGGCCAGCGCGUCGGCUGGAGGGCUGGCGGGGGGAGUAACCGUGGGUCCGCGGCGGAGAGGCGCCUAGGGCGGGCCGCGGCGACUCUCGAGGGCUUGUUCCGCAGUGUCGCCCAACCCCAGCAGGCUCUGGCGUAUUCUCCGCAGCUUCUGGCGCCCCAGCAGUACCAGCAGGCGCACUUGCCGCCCAGGGCGAUGGGGUAUGCUGUGGAGAUGCUGACGGACUCACACUCCGUUCUACGGAGCUCAGUGAGCCCGUGCAAGAUGCCUCACGAUCCGCUCCAGCGCUGCGCGAUGGCUGCAGCUGAUCUGGCUGUCGUGUCCACGCGAGUGCAGCCUGUGCCCGCCUCGGGAACCGUGUUGGACCCGCGCCUGCUCGCCGUGAUGCGGACAGUAUCGGCGAGCGUAGACUCGGCUGCAGCUGUAGACAUCGUUGGCGAAGCACCCGUUCAUCUCAGCUUGAAGCAGCGGCUGGACAUCCUCAUUGGUGCUGCACGUGGCGUUGAGUACCUCCACAGCUUCAACCUUGUGCAUCGCGACAUCAAACCUGGCAACAUCCUUUUGGGUGCAGACAUGCAGGCCAAGAUUGCAGAUUUUGGGCUUGUGAGGAUGGAAGAAGGCAGCAAUGUGGGCACGACUAGAGUCAUGGGAACUCCUGGCUAUGUGGAUCCGAUCUACUUUCAGACGUCAAAGGCAACCAGCGCCACUGAUGUCUACAGGUGAUUGAUUCUCUUCAUUAUUGAACUGGGG